AUGGCUGGCGGACAAGGACCCGUGGUCGGGAAACUGGAAUCCCAGAUUUAUUGUAUAAAAUACACGCUGUUUUGCUUCAACGUCGUGCUCUGGUUGUUUGGCGUAUCGGUAUUCGCACUAUGUCUCUGGAUUUGCUUCGAGCCCGGCUUCAAUGAAUGGAUGAGGAUCCUAGAACUACAGAAGUACUUCAUCGGUAUCUACAUUAUGCUCAUUGCCUCAUUGGGUAUCAUGGUGGUCGCGUUCCUCGGAUGCGGGUCGGCACUGAUGGAAAACGUAACGCUUUUAUACGGUUACAUUGGGUCACAGUUAGCUUUGUUUGUGUUUGGGCUGAUCGGGGCAUGCGUGGUGCUUGACUUUUCGACCUAUGACUCCAGUAUUCAGCCCCUCAUCAGAAAUGUAAUUGUGCGGCUGAUAAAUAACCCUCAACAUGACGGCAGCAGGGAGAUUCUCAGAAUGGUCCAAGAAGGGAUCGGUUGCUGCGGUGCAGACGGGCCCAUGGACUACAUCAAUCUGAACAAGCCCCUACCGUCCGAAUGCCGUGAUUCAGUGACCGGCAACGCCUAUUUCCACGGCUGCGUCGAUGAAAUGACUUGGUACUUAGAAGGAAAGACUGGCUGGCUCGCUGGCAUUGUGUUGGCAUCUUGCAUGGUUUCUAUAAUUAACGCAGUCAUGUCUUUAGUCCUUAUCCAAGCUGUGAAGAAAGAAGAAGAUGAAGCUAUAGUAUACAAAUGA